AAUUUGCCAUUUGCGAUUAAUUAAACAGCCGUUAACCUUCUCACACGUACAUUGUUUAAUUUUGUUUCAAAAAAGCGGCAUCCAUAAUUUUUAAUAAUUUUUAUAUAAAAACUGAACGAAUAAUAAAAAACAAGCUUUUUUUUGCUUGAAGUCUGGUUUUAAAUUAACUCUUAAAAUCCAAGAAUUAAGAGAGUGUUUAACUAAAGAGCUUUUGAAAAAUUAUUUAAACAAAAUAUGAGCGACUUGGAAGUAGAGGCCCAACAACCAGUUGAGGUGGAACCCAGAAAAAAACAAAAAUUCGUGCGCAGUGAUAUCAUAGCCAUGGUAGUGUCCGGUAUAUGUGCGGUCUUAAUUGUGGUCAUACUUUAUAGUUUAAUAAUGCAUUUCGUUGGAGCGGUAGACGAUGUAGCGCUCAACCCUAACGUAACUAUGAGUCGUACAUUUACUAUCGAUCAUGAAGCAAAUACAUUUCUAAUGGAUGGAAAACCCUUCCAAUAUGUGUCCGGAUCAUUUCAUUAUUUUCGCGCUUUACCAGAUGCCUGGCAUAAAAGGCUGAGAACUAUGAGAUCGGCUGGCUUAAAUGUACUUGAUACUUACGUUGAAUGGUCUCUGCAUAAUCCUCAUGAUGGUGUCUACGAUUGGUCGGGCAUUGCUGAUGUAGAAAGAUUUAUUGAAUUGGCCCACAAGGAAGGUUUUUAUGUGAUAUUAAGACCUGGUCCCUAUAUAUGUGCGGAGAGAGAUAAUGGUGGACUUCCCCAUUGGCUUUUCCGUAAAUAUCCCGGCAUUCAACUACGUACUAGUGAUACAAAUUAUAUUCACGAAGUUUCGGAGUGGUAUAGUAAACUAAUGCCCAGAAUGGAACGUUUCUUGUAUGGCAAUGGUGGUCCGAUUAUAAUGGUCCAGGUGGAGAAUGAGUACGGAAGUUUCAGUGCUUGUGAUCGUGAUUAUUUGAAUUGGUUAAGAGAUGAAACUUUGAAGUAUGUGGGGGACAAGGCUUUGUUGUUUACUACAGACAUACCGAAUGAUCAAAUAAAAUGUGGUAAAAUUGAGGGAGUGUUUGCUACAACAGAUUUUGGUAUAGAUCGGAUCCAUGAAAUUGAUAACAUUUGGAGCAUCUUAAGAUCAGUGCAACCCACAGGACCUCUGGUUAAUUCAGAAUUCUAUCCCGGUUGGCUAACACAUUGGCAAGAACCAAAUCAAAGGCGUGAUGGUCAACUAGUAGCAGAUGCCCUAAAAACAAUUCUGUCUUACAAUGCCAGUGUUAAUUUCUAUAUGUUCUUUGGUGGUACAAAUUUCGGUUUCACAGCUGGUGCUAACGAUUUUGGCGACAACAAAUAUGUACCCGACAUUACUUCCUACGAUUACGAUGCGGUCAUGGAUGAACCGGGAAAUAUUACCAAGAAGUUUGAAUUGGUGCGAGACGUUAUUGCCCAGCAUUUCGUAAUACCUAAAGUGGAAGUAAUAAAAGAACAAUCGUUUGCCUAUGGCAAAGUUGAUAUGAGACCAGUAAUGCAUUUGCUGUCUAAUGAAGGUCGUGCAACAUUGGGCAGUGGAUUGGGUCAAAAAUCUUUGAAACCUAAAACAUUUGAAGAACUAGAUCAAUAUUCGGGUUUAGUUUUAUAUGAAACCAGUAUAGAGGGCAUAAAUAUUGAAUCUGCUUUACUGACCGUCAACGAGUUAAGAGAUCGUGCUUUAAUCUAUGUGGAUCAAGAAUUUAUGGGCAUUCUAUCUAGACAAAAUGGCAAUUUCUCUUUAACUUUGAAUAAAGCUUCUGGUUCAAUGUUACAAAUAUUAGUGGAAAAUCAGGGACGCAUUAAUUUCAAUGUAGCAAAUGAUACUAAGGGUAUUAUGGGUAGCGUGUUACUGCAAAAAUCUAAAGAUGGCGAAGAGAUACAGUUAGAAAACUGGUUAAAUACCGGUUAUACCUUAGAAGAACCUCACACAUCAAAUCUCUUGAACAGCAUUUAUAAGAAUUAUACCUCGUCAGAAGAUUUAGCAGAUGAGAAAAGUGCAUUGACUAAUGGACCCAUGGUGUAUUAUGGUGAAUUUUUGGUUACCGAUAUUCAUCAUACAUUCCUUAAUCCCUCGGGUUGGGGCAAGGGUGUGGCUUUUGUUAAUGGUUUUAAUUUGGGCCGUUAUUGGCCUCUAGCUGGACCUCAAUUAACAGUUUAUGUGCCGCAAGAAAUUUUACAUGCCGGUCUCAAUUCAUUACUUCUUAUAGAAUACGAACAAACUAAUCGUGUGAGUAAGGAUCUCGAUCCUUAUGUGACUUUAGAUGAUAAGCCUCAAUUAGAUAUGUAAAUAAGUAAGAGUUUAUUGUAGACAUGUGUAUAAUCUAUAGAAAUAAAUGAAUUUUAUUUUUAACUAUA